AUGUGGAGUUGGUUUGGCGGGGCAUCGGCGCAGGCCAGAAAAGAUGCGCCAAAGAAGGCGAUACUGAGCCUGCGCCAGCAGCUGGACAUGUUACAGAAGCGAGAGAAGUACCUGGAAAGCCAGAUGGCGGAACAAGAUGCGUUGGCGCGGAAGAACCUCUCGACAAACAAGACAGCGGCCAAAGCAGCUCUUCGACGCAAGAAGCUUCAUGAACGGACCUUGGAACAGACGUCUGCGCAGAUUACCCAGAUCGAACAACAAAUCUAUUCCAUCGAAGCCGCAAACAUCAACCAGGAAACCCUCAACGCGAUGAAGAAUGCGGGAGCCGCAAUGAAGCAGAUCCACGGCAACUUGACCAUCGACAAGGUCGACCAGACCAUGGACGAGCUGCGCGAGCAACAUGCUCUCGGGGAGGAGAUUGCAAAUGCCAUCACGAACGCGCCUAUCGGCGAGCCCAUCGACGAGGCCGAUCUCGAAGAAGAGCUGGAAGGCAUGGAGCAAGAAGCCAUGGAUGAGAGAAUGCUCAAGACUGGCCCCACGCCUGUCUCCGGCGAGAUCGCCCGGCUGCCUUCCGUUUCUACAGGUCCGAUAGGCAACAAGCCCUCGACGGUGGAGGAGGACGAAGAAGAAGAACUCCGGAAACUGCAAGCCGAGAUGGCUGUGUAA